UGAGAAUCUCUAAGCGCUCCCCGCCUCCCAGGGGGCGGAACUCAGGGGAUCCUCACUUGAGGGGAGCUCUGGAGUGUAGGCCAGCGAGGGAGGAGGGCCUGGGGCCUCACGGAGCCUGGCCUUCUCUGGGAAGAGUACAUGGUUGCCCCCCACCCCCACCCUCAGACUGCCCAGGCCCCACUGACCAUGGACGAGGAGGAGGAGGACAGCGACACUGAGGAGGCCUGGCUGCAGCUGCGGCCCGUGGAGCCCUCCCCCUCCCAGUGCUGUGGCGGUGGCUGCUCACCCUGUGUGUUUGACCUCUAUCACCUAGACCUGGCAAGGUGGGAGGCAGCCCGAGCCAGCAGGGACAGGAGCCUACUGAAUGGAGAGAAGUCGCAGAGCCGCCCUUUCCAGCUGAACCCGGAGACCUUCGUGGGCUUCUGCAUCAGCGCCAUGGAGAAGGUUACUCAGGACACCUACCGCGUGCGGUUUGCACUCCCAGGGAACAGCCAGCUUGGCCUGUGGCCAGGGCAGCACCUCAUCCUGAGGGGAAGAGUAAAUGACUUAGAAAUUCAGAGAGCCUACACACCCAUCAGCCCCUCCAAUGCUAAAGGAUACUUCGACGUUUUGAUUAAGUGCUAUCAGACCGGGCUUAUGUCCCAGUAUGUGGAGUCCUGGAGACCAGGAGACACAGCUUUCUGGCGAGGACCUUUCGGAGGCUUCUUCUAUAAACCAAACCAGCACGGCGAGCUCCUCAUGCUGGCUGCGGGCACGGGCCUGGCCCCCAUGGUGCCCAUCCUGCAGAGCAUCACGGACAAUGCGGAGGACGAGACCUUCGUCACCCUGGUCUGCUGCUUCAAGACCUUCGAGGGCGUCUACCUGAAAACCUUCCUCCAGGAGCAGGCCCGCUUCUGGAACGUCCGCACCUUCUUUGUGCUCAGCCAGGAGAACUCUGCGGAGCAGCUGCCCUGGAGUUACCAGGAGAAGACCCGCUUUGGCCGCCUGGGCCAGGAGCUGGUGGAAGAGCUGCUAAGCCACUGUCGGAGAAAGCCCUUUGCGUUGGUCUGCGGCUCCGCUGAGUUCACCAAGGACAUGGCCAGGUGUUUGCUGGGCGCCGGCCUGGCCCAGGACUCCUACUUCCUCUUUUAGGCCUGGCCUCCCUUCCAGAGCCUGGGCACACACAGGGAGCGGCACAGAGCAGCAUCGGAAGGCAUGCAGGGCAGGCCUGGUCUCCUGCUCAUGUGUCAGGUGACCGUCGGCGGGGCCUUUACCUCCGGGAACCUGCACUUUGCUCGCCCCCUGAGGCUGAUUGGGCCCUCCUGGCGUCCUCUGUUGAGAGAGGACGGGAGGCUGUAGGGGGACGAGGAGGCCUGCAGCCAGCCCAGGAGUCAGAGAGGACCAGGCGGGGAAGCCAGGUGCAGGCCGAGCCCGCUGAGGGGGAGGGGUUGUGCAGGAGAAGGGGCGGGAGGCGCUCCCCUGGGCCCUCCUCUGAGAGGGGCUCCCACAGUGGCCUCAGCUCUCCCUCAGGUGAGGUGCCCCCUGCGUAUUUGGGAACGAACACAGGAGAGGCCGCAAGCCCUGUGAGGAGGGCUCUGCCUUGCACACCUCCAGUGCCAUGAGCCCGACAUGCAGAAGGUUCUGGGUGCUGUGAUAGGGCCGCGUUCGCAGGGGACAGUGGGCCCCAGGCACUCUCAGGUUCCCUUCCCUGGCUCAGGAGCCCAGCACAGUGUCCUCUCUCCCAGCAAGAGAAGAGGCAUGGAAGGCAAAUGCCCCUCCCUGCUGCAGGCAGCUGGCUCAGCCUGUGCCUUCAGCUCGGUGCCCUGGCGACGGUUGCUAUGGAGAUCUAAAGAUAGAGCAGGAGUCAGGAGACCUGGGUUCCUCUCCUGGCUCUGCCCAGUGAGCGGCUGCCUGCAUAUUCCAGUCCACCCACUCCGCCCCCCGCAUCCUGCAUAGGGCACACCCACCCAGGGAACCGGCGCCCCUGGGCAGUACGCCCCAGUUAAUGAAUUCCGCUUUGCGCAGCCUGGGCUUCAGCGUGCUGCGGCGGCUCAGGCCGGUUACAGGCAGGCCUGGAAUCGGAAAAUGAAACUGUGCAAUCUUAGAGUUAGCAGUUUUACAUCAUCGACUCACAGCCCUCAUCAUCUCAAAGCUGAUGGUUCCAGACUCUGAAAAGCAUCCAGUCUAACACAUGGGUGUGUAAGUGGAGACACUGAAACCCGCGAGGCCGCGUGCCUGGCCCGUGCUGGAGUGACUGACGGCAGCGCCAGCACUGGAAGUCUCCUCGUUCCCGUGCCGUGCUCAUGGGCCUGCGCCCGUGGUGUUCAAGCCCCACACGGCACCAGUUCCUUGCCUGGCAGCAGCGAAGGCACAAGGCAAGGGAUGUGCAGGUCCCCUAAUACCAGAGCAGUUCUGCCUUUAUCCCCUGUGGUAUCCUGGGACUUGGAGUCAUUUCCAUUUGUGAAAAAGGUUCCCCCCCUCCCCGUCCCCACCCAAAAAGUUGCAACAGAAAUCUCUGCUGUGCUGUGCUGUGCUUGGUGAAUAACCAUGACCCACGGCCGAGGAUGGCGGCAGGGGCUGCAGACUGUUCCCCGGGCAGGAUCUCGUGGGGCUACUGUGUGCGGCUUCUGCAGGAAUCACGCGUGUGUGAGCCCCCGGGGGCUCCGCAAAGACUUGGCCUGAAGAAACUUUGCUCACUGUCUCCCCCGGAGGCUCCCAAGCUCAUUGAAAACUAUCAAAGACUUCCUCGGGGUUCCAGAGCCCACACCCCCCCCCCCGACCCCGGCAGUGCGUGCAGUUGGAGUGUUCUGUUUUGUGCAGCCUGGGCUGUGGGGUGCUGCGGCAGCUCAGUACAGUGUCAUGAGUGCGAGAGGCCCUUACAGAGUCAGGGGGCCCCGGCAGGAAUCUGCGUGGCCUGUGACCUGGGCAAGACCCUUUCCGCAGAGCCUCUGAAACCUGCGCGGCUUCUCCACACUCUCCCCUUCAUGCUACUUGCACAUCCAACGGGAAGGCCCGUUAUGAGCCCGGCUGUGCCCCGGGCCCCAGGAAAUGGACAGCAAACACAGCAGGUGCAGGGCUUCCUCUCGGGGAGCUCCUGGCCCAGCAGUACGGGGUACUUACAGGCAGCCAGUCGCGCAUGCCACGUAACAACGUUUGGUCACGGUGGCCCCGUGCGUUUCUGUUGCCCAGUGGUGUCUGUGAUCACAGCGAUGGCUCUGCCUGUCGUGCGUUUCCUGGAAUGUCCAGCCCUAAUUCUAAAAGGCACCUGUGCACAUAAAGGAGGGUUGGAGUGCUGAGACUGCUCCGGCCUAGCCUCUGGCAGGGCCAGGGCCACCCUACUGUCUCCGAAGCUCGAGGCCACAGGGUCUGGGGUAGUUCUUGUGGCUCUCUCUGCCCGUUAGGGCUAUUUGACAUUUCGAUAUCGGACAAGGCCCCCCUAGUGGUCCUUAGAGGCCCCCCAUACUAGUGUCGCCCUCCGCCUCCCCUGUGCCACAUAGGGUCUGUGCACACUGGCUGCUGCUGUCACUCUUGCCGUGGGACCUGGGUAAGGACCCAGCCAUGCUCUUGGUACCAUGGUGCCAAAAGGGCUCCUGAUGUCUGGACCCGAGGCUGGCGGCUGGGUGCCGUGCCUCACGGGGGCUGAGAUGUGGGAAGGCAGAUUGGGAGUGAGGGUCCCAUCCAUUGGCCCAUCCCUGCCAUCUCCCCUGCGGAUGGCCCUGUCACAUGUCAUGGGGGCGAUGGCCUCUGUGUGAUACUGCUAUGGGGAAAAGGAGACUUGCGACACAGGCAUCAGGAAGUCUACAAAGUGUCCACAGUUCCCUGAGCUGGACAGGCCUCCGUUCCUGUGCACAAGUCCUAAGCUGCAGGAAGACCGCCGCCACAGGGUGCGGUGACUGCUUUCCUCAUUGCGUUGCAGCCGCGUGGCCUCAGUGUCCACCUCACUGGUCUCCCAGCCCCCGCUCUGCGGCCCCUCCGCACCAACCAGGCUGGUUGUCCUAACGUGCAGAAAUGAGCCUGUCGCUGCUCUGCUCAGAGGCAGACAUUUAAGCCACCACCUGUGACCCCACGUCCCGUAUUGAGUUCUGGAUCCUUUGCUUCCGAUCCAGCUCUCCGCCAAUGCACCUGGGAAGGCAGCAGAUGAUAGCCCAAAUACUUGGGUGCCUGCCACUCGUAUGGGCAACCCAGCUGGAGUUCCUGGCUCCCAGCUUUGGCCUAACCCAUCGCUGGCUGUUGCAAUCAUUUGGGGGAGUGAGCCAGAGCGGGGAAGAUCUGCCUCUGCUUCCCCUUCCCUCUUCCUGUCACUCUGCCUUUUACAUAAUUCUAACGCAAAACAAACAAACAAAAAAGGAUGGGGUAAUCUCUGGUGGUAGGUGGAAGGGAAUGGGAUGUGGUGAAGCCCGUUUGGCCAAACUGUGUUUGUAUUUUGUUAUAAAAAUAUUUGAAAUGAACAUGGCAGCAAUCCGAACAUCUAGAAAGUCUGAGUGGUGGGUUCUCUGAUGUGUCUUCCAUGUUGUUUCCUGUUUUUUCCGUGUUUGAAGUCAUUGCAUAAUUAAAGAGGUUUUUUUACUUUUA